AUGGCCGGCCGCCCACCGCCGCUGCCGGCGCCUCGUUUUCAGAGUGCAGCCGUAGGAGACGAUUCCGACAACGAUGACAGCCGCUCGAGAACUCGGCAAGCAGGCACUGGCCACGACGACGCGACGGAGACGAGCGAACAAGCGAGCGAAGCGGACGAGCAGCAGCCCUCUGUCGAUGCAAGCCGUGGUGACGCGGCAAACGGAGGAGGCGGCCAAGAGCGGCCGCGGAAUGAAUCUCGGAGGCAGUCACCAAGAGCGGCGCGUCGCGUCUCGAACGCCACCGACGAAGUGCUCAUCAGACCUGGCGAGCUGGCCUGCAAGAGCCAGGGUUCAGCGAAGCUCUAUGUAGAGGCAGCCCCAGGCCACUUUAGGGUUGUGGAUCGAGCCGACUUGGAGGCAGCCGCAGGUCAGUCGAGCAGUGAACGAAGGCUUCUUCAACACCGCGGCAGCACGAAGACGUUGCAGCGUGGCUGCGCGUGCCUAGGCUACUGGGCUCAGGGACUCUUGGCAGGGCUGGAGCUGUGGCAGGCCGUGGUCACCUUGCAGGAGGGCGCCGAGCUGGAGCCGCCGGUACUCAGCAUUCUCGCCUACCUGCUGGGCGCCGUGGGCCUCGUGUCAACGCUCGACAGGCUCGAACAGCGCGAUGGUCGUCGUCCGGCCGCCUUGGUGGCGGCAGUGCUUUACGCCACGUCGCUGCUCCUCCAUCUGGCCAUGCAUCGGCUGGACUCCACUGCACCGCCAGGAAACCCGCAGGACCAUCGGUGGCCGCAGGAGCCUGCGUGGCGCCACUUGUGCCUGGCACGCAGCGUCGCACCCCUGCUUGCCUGGACGCUGCUCUCGCUAGGGCAGGAAACCAGGCCACUAUCACCAUGAAGUACACCAUCCGGGCACAAAGAGUGGGCAACGUCAGGGUUUCACACUGCACCACCUGUAAAUGUGACAUCAGUACACGAGCGGGCAAAUAAACUGAGACUUCAUGUUAUAUUAUUGAAGUCAUACCUCGAUG